UUUGUUUCUUUUUCUCUACAUGCUCUCCCUCUCCCUUCCAUGGUUCGGCCGAGAACCACAUAGAUUAAGAAUCAACACCGGCUACUGCACCCUAACACCACCAUCAGUGGUUGGGCUCUACCCUAAACUGAGAGAAAACCAAACACUCCAUAAACUAAGACCCAAAAUCCUAAUUUGGGGCUAAAGAUCUUGGUCGACACUCCCUAAAAACUACAUGCUCACCGACGCUACCCUGACUCUCCGGCGAGCUAGGCUCCGACAUGGUACCCAACCGACCAAAGCAUGGAGCAGGCAUGGAUGUUGCAGUUGGGUUGAUGUAGCUACAACCGGUUCACAGUCGGCAUUGAAUGCCUCGGAUAUUCAGGGAUUUAUAGUCUCAAAUUUUAGAUGCGGGGAUGUUACCAGUCAACAUCAAUGUAGUCAACCUGUGAUUGGUUCAAAGGUAGUGAUAGUAGACAAGUUCGUCCAGAAGAUGAACAGUCCAAUUUUGGCUCAAAUAGCAGUCGUCCCAAUCAUCAAGGAGGUGCUAAGUCCAAGGGAAUACUUCACCAUCAAUUUCUGCUGUGUGGUAAACUUGGACAUCUUGCUGAUAGAUGCUGGCACAUGUUUGAUCAAGGUUUCAAAAAUAUUGCUUCGCAAUGAUCUAAGGGAGGUUCUAGUGGGCAAGCUAAUGUAUUUCAGUUUACUAAUAAGUUUAAUGAUGUGCGUUAUAAUUCGUUUGUUAAACUUUCUACAGGGUCUGAUGCGGUUGAGGAACAUGAGACUGAGGACACUGCUCAGGUUAACUCUCUUAUUUCUAAGGGUGUUAUUUUUGUAGCUGAUUGGUGAUACCCAAACUCUGGGGCUACGCACCAUGUCAUGUAUGAGUAAGUUAACUCUUAU